CGUAAUUGAUCACCAAAUCGGAUCGCAGAAAGAAGAACGAGCACCGCGUAAACUCUCCCUUUAAAUUUUUUGCUUCUUCUCACUUUUUCUUUCUUGAUUGAAUUUUAACCCAAAAAGAGCUUAAUGUGAGCAAAGGGGGGGAAUUAGAGCGCUUCUUUUUCCCUUCUCUCACCCUCACAGUGCACCUAUCCACUAAAUCACCUUUAGUUUUUUUUCCCCUCUUAUUUUGUGAUACUUCCUUGGAUACUUCAGCUAAAGCACGGCUUCACUUUAGCACCCUUUCCCGAAGUCUCACCAAACGGCACCAAGAUUUCUUCUGCAACUUUAAGGCACUACAGGGGGAAAUCCACCAACGGGGGAAAAAAGCAAAACUUCAUUUUUUUUUCUUGUGUAAAGAGGCGUUAAAGUUAUACAAUGAGUCUCAAAUCUGAUUCUGAGCCGAGCAACAACGUGUCAAUAGAAGAGGAGUGCAUGUUCUCCAAUGUUCUUCAAGGCCCGGCCUUUUCCGGGAUCCAUUGAGAUUCCCGGAACUUCUCCCUGUGAUGUUAACUGGGCCACGCCCCAGUUACAAGAAACCGAGCCCGCUUCAUUCUCCGUCCCUAUUUAAGGUACGGACACUCUUUGUCAGCGGUCUUCCAGUUGACAUCAAACCCCGGGAACUGUACCUUUUGUUCAGGCCGUUCAAGGGUUAUGAAGGUUCACUGAUCAAGUUGACGUCAAAGCAGCCUGUUGGGUUUGUUACAUUUGACAGCCGAUCUGGUGCAGAAGCUGCAAAGAAUGCAUUAAAUGGUAUUCGAUUUGACCCAGAGAGUCCGCAGACCCUGCGGUUAGAGUUUGCCAAGGCCAACACGAAGAUGGCAAAGAGCAAGCUGAUGGCCACCCCAAACCCCACCAAUGUCCACCCAGCUCUAGGAGCUCACUUCAUUGCACGGGACCCAUAUGACCUGACGGGGGCGGCGUUGAUCCCCGCGUCCCCAGAGGCUUGGGGCCCCUACCCGCUGUACACCACGGAACUGACACCUGGCCUUCCGCAUGCCGCCUUCACCUACCCUGCUGCUGCCGCUGCCGCUGCUGCCCUGCAUGCCCAGAUGCGCUGGUACCCGCCUCACUCUGAGGCUUCCCAGUCAGGGUGGAAGUCCCGUCAGUUUUGUUAACUUUAGUACCAUUCAGUAUCUGAAGUCCCUCACGGAGUGAGGUGUAAAGCUCUACAUUAAUUUAAUCAAGUAUAUUUAAUGGACAGAGGUGCAUUAUGGACUCUUCUCCUUCGGAAACCCUGACGGACUUUGGACCGAAUACAUCUUGUGGACUGCAGAGCAAAGUCGAGGCCUUUUUGGGGGGGCUGUGGGGUAUAUCCUAAUGCGGUACAGUCUUUGCACUUCAAAACCUUGUGCAAGCGAAGUCGCUACAGAAAUGGGCCUGUUUUUGCUGAAGGAAUACAGCUGCUCAAUCAAAAGUGGGGGGGGGGGGGGGGGGGGGGGUGAGAGUUUGUUAUAUUUUUGCAUGAUUAAAAUAUCCAGCAUGAAGAAAAUGCAACUUUCUGUAUGUUCCAUUGUGCUUGUGUUGCUUUAGGUCUUGGCCUAGUCAUUUAAACUUUUCAUUUAAUGUACUUUAGUCUUGCUUCUGUGAAGGCUUUUUGACUUGAAUUGUGUAUGUUGCUUGCAAGGUAAAGGCCAGCAUUGUUUUUGAAGUGUUUAUAUUAAUGUUGUUCAGAAUGGAUAACUUAUGCACUGGGUUAUUUUCAAUCCUCAUAGUAAAUCUCCAAGAUUUUCUGAUAGUUUCUUCACCCUGUCGGGCCUACCUUUUGAUACCCUGGUCUUGCCAAAAUAGCCCUGUCUAGAGUAUAUUUGAACAAAUGAGUACAAGUGUUUUUCAUACUUGUGUAAUUUAUGCAUUUUGUGCAAUUCAACUUUUUGGUUUUUAUAGAUCCUGAUUUCCAUCAUUAGCUGGUUUUGAAGUUUAAAGUGCUUUUUCUUUGCUUGGUGUUAAAUACUGAAAUAUACAGAUGAUGGCUAAAUUGCUAGUUUGAAGACUGCUGAUGUGUGACUUAAUAAAAAAUGAAAAUAAAAAUUCAAAAAUGUGAAACUGGAUAAUAAAAUGAAUGAUGAUUAAA